CUGAUGUUAUUUUGGUCAGAGUGUGAGGGCCACUUCGUGUCUCUUCUUCUCUCUAGCAUCCUCGGUUACUUGGAAUCGCCGCAUCCCCGGGAGGAGAACUCCUGCAUAGAGUCUGAGGAAUCUCAUCGAGGAUUUCGGAAUAUGCGGAUACCCCUCACCAAGUAACGCGAAUCUCCACGGCGUGAUCGGUCGCCGCCGAAGUGCAAUCUUGGCCUUCCAGGCGUUCCGGCCAUCCAUCAACAUCAUGAGUGGCAUUGUUUCGUGUAGCCUCCGAUAUUUCACCGCCACCGCGAUUCGCCGACGGAGCAGCGGGCUCUCCCUCCAGACCCUCUUCCCCUCCGGAGCUUCUCUGACCUCGGGGCUCCGGGCACCGACAAGCUCCGCGCCUCCCUCGCACGGAACUCCAUCCCCGUCCCCUUCGUUGCUGUCAGUGAUGUCAACCUCAUCGAGGAACAGCUCGUUUUCGGCCGAUCAUUCCGACAUAACUUACCUCACCCAGGAACAGGCCACCAAUAUCGAUGUGGAGCUAUUCGGUGAUUACGGUUUCACCAUCGAUCAGCUGAUGGAAUUGGCGGGCUUGGCGGUCGCCACAGCGAUCGCGAAAGCCUACCCCCCACCAAGCAAAGCACCUCCUCCUAAAGUUCUCAUCUGCUCUGGGCCUGGAAACAAUGGCGGAGAUGGUCUGGUGGCAGCAAGACACCUGAAAUGGUUUGGAUACGAUCCGUGCAUUUUCUAUCCGAAGCAAACAGCGAAACCGAUAUUCGCGGCCCUCCGACGUCAAUGCGAAGAAAUGGAAAUCUCGUUCAUGAGCUUCCUACCGGAUGCCAAUCUCGUCGACAACAAUUUCACUCUGGCCGUCGACGCUCUUUUCGGCUUCGGUUUCAAGCCCCCCGUCCGACCAGAGUUCGUCGAAGUUCUCCAGAAAAUGUGCAGAUUCAAGACACCCAUCGUCAGUGUCGAUGUGCCUUCGGGCUGGGACGUAGAGACAGGCCCGCAUCAAGAUUCCAUCAAGCCGGACAUGGUCGUAUCUCUAACAGCUCCGAAAAAAGGGAUGCAGAACUUUCACGGGAAGCACUACCUCGGCGGAAGGUACAUUCCGGACUCAUUGGCAGCGAAAUUCAAUCUUAAGCUUCCCAGAUAUCCCGGCACUGAGCUCGUUGUACAACUUGGCUAGACCCCUAAGGAACCUCGUCCACAAGAGUACGAAUCAUUGCCCCUCAGAAUAAACGAAGCACUUGACCUCCGGAACGGAAGUGAUCUUGGGUUUCAGCCGAUCAGAAGGAAGCGCUCAGAAAGCUCUGUUUGAACAAGCAUUGUCGCAUCGGCGAUCCAUCUCUUGCGAAGACAAA